GGUCGCGCACAUUGUUCUUGCGCGGUACAGUCUGUUUCACAUAGUAAUGAAUGAAGUGUUACUCAAAUUAGAUUUCUAGCACACAACCAUAGAGGGAAAUCGAUUGACUACGACAUUAGAGUGUGCACGGAAUAAUAUAAUAUAAGAGUUCCAUCUUAUUUGAGGUCAUAGACCAGAACAGAGAUGGCUGGAAUUCUGUUUGAGGAUAUCUUUGAUGUAAAAGACAUUGAUCCAGAUGGCAAGAAGUUUGACAGAGUGUCUCGUCUACAUUGUGAAAGUGAAUCUUUCAAGAUGGACCUCAUCCUGGAUGUGAACAUACAGAUCUAUCCUGUUGAUCUUGGUGACAAGUUCAGACUGGUUAUUGCCAGUACGUUAUAUGAAGAUGGAACACCAGAUGAUGGAGAGUAUAAUCCUCAAGAUGACCGGCCGUCUAGAGCGGACCAAUUUGAUUAUGUGAUGUAUGGGAAAGUUUACAAGAUUGAAGGUGAUGAGACUUCAACAGAAGCAGCCACGCGCCUCUCUGCCUAUGUGUCUUAUGGUGGCCUCCUCAUGAGGCUGCAGGGAGAUGCCAACAACCUUCACGGCUUUGAGGUGGACUCCAGGGUUUACCUCCUCAUGAAGAAACUGGCCUUUUAAAACCCAACUGUGCUCACCCACUUUCCCUGGUUCUUUCAAUGCCACAGUCAACCUUAAAGUCUAACUGAGCUGCGAACUGAAAACAUUUAUAUUCCCAAGUCUGGAGCACAGGCCAUCUCUAAGAGCAGCUCACAGACAGAACACAUGGAAGCUGUAGAAAAUAUAUUUUGUUUUUUAUUCUCAUACGUUUCCUCCAUGGAGAUGGACUACAGACUAAAGACUGUGACACUUAAAAAGUACUGCAGCUUCCAUCUGCUGGCAAACUGUAAAUAAAGAUUUCUUUUAUACAAAAGGAUUCUUUGAUGUCAGUUGUUGGUCAUCUUGGAUCAUAUAUUAUUUUUUGUCUUGGCAUAUUUUUUCCUAGAGGUUUUCUUCCUAUACCUCAGCAGCUGCUGAAGCGCUCUUUCAAACAUGUUGAAUUUGGUUUUAUUUUACAAGUUCAUCUGUAAGACUUUUUCUCAAUAUGUAGACUGCAGGCAAGCUGUGUGCUCUAAUAAAGAGGGCAGGCAAAGGUUU